CCUCUAACUCCCCCCAAAAAAAACAUGCAACAUUGGGCUUUCAUAUGCUCGUCUUUGGUUGCUUGUGAUGCUUACAAAUUCCUUGUUAAUUCGCCCUUGUUCGGAUAUUCUCAUACAAAUUUUAUGGGAGCAAUAGCUGACACCUUGACGGAAGCAGGUCACAAUGUCACUGUGUUGAUGCCGGUGAUGGAAAUCGAGCAAAAGGACAAGACAGGUCUGAAGCUCACAAAAAACGUCAUUAAAAUUCCAGCGGACCAGCGAGUAUAUGAUAUCAUGAGGCAUGAAAGGGAGAUGCUUAGCCAUAUAUGGACAACUGGCAACAGUGUUCUUGGACUUUUAAAGGCACUGACUUUGCAUGAACUACAAAGAUUUGAUUUAAAAGCUUUUCCUCAUCGUUCAGGAAUUUUUGAAGUUCUCAAAAUUCCUGCGACGAUUGCUACAUUUUCUGGAGUGCACAUCGACUGCGUUUCUAAGAGCAUUGGAGAGCCCAUCACGCCCGCAUCAUGGUCGGCAACGGGUGAUCGCAUGAAUUUCUUUGGUAGACUCGGAAACUUUGUUAAUGUGUUGCUGGUAAAUAUUUUCUUCACACGAACAUAUGAUGAAGAAAUCAAGGUCUUCCGACUCAUUUCCAAAGCAUCGUUUGUAUUCACUAAUUCAAAUCCUUAUCUCGAUUACCCUCGUCCAGUUCUUCAUAAGACGGUGGCAAUCGGUGGAAUAGCUGUUGCAGUGGAUCAAAAAAAGAACGAACUAUCUAAGGAAUGGGAUGACAUCUUAAACAAGCGUAACACUACUGUACUGGUCUCAUUUGGAUCAGUGGUCAAAUCAAUCUACAUGCCAGAACAAUACAAGAAAACUCUUCUAGAAGUAUUUGAAAGCAUGCCUGAGACAACCUUCAUUUGGAAAUAUGAGGAAGAAGGUUCAACGAUAGCGGGACACUUGAAGAACGUUCACCUCAGCACGUGGGUCCCACAGAAUGCUUUACUUGCCGAUUCUCGUUUGACGGUCUUCAUCACGCACGGAGGAUUAGCUAGCACAACGGAACUUGCUUAUAUGGGCAAGCCAAUUCCCGUUUUUGCUGAUCAAACAAGAAAUGCGAACAUGUUUUCCAAGCAUGGAUGUGGGAUUGUUCUCACGAAAUAUGAAUUAGAACAUCCUCAAAAACUACGGGAUUCACUAAUUAAGAUCUUCAAUGAUGCCAGCUUUUCUGAUAAUGCUCGUCUCCUGUCGGAAAUACUUCGGAAUCAACCUAUCAGCCCCAAGCAACUUCUUGUCAGGCAUAGUGAAUUCGCCGCCAGAUUUGGAACUUUACCCAAUCUUGAUCCUUAUGGACGACAUUUAUCCCUCUUGGAGUACUAUCUGAUAGAUGUCUUGUUAGCAUGCGUGUUUGCUUUCCUUCUUGUUGUUUUUGUUAUUGUUAAACUUUUGAGAAAAUGUCUUUCUCUAAGAGAAAAAACCAAAACUGAAUAG